AUGGCUCCGUUGCGCCGCUACCUCAGAAUCACCAAAUACUCGGUGCUCGAGUGCCGCAUCUACCUCGACAACCCCGCCCUCGCGCAGUCCUGGCUGCUCAACCCGAGGGACCCCGUGCUUCCCAAGGUCAUCGAGAGCGUGCGGCCCCUUGUGCUCCCCAAGCUGCGCGAGGAGAAGGAGCGUGCAAAGAAGAAGGGCACCAAGAAGAAGAGCAUCAAGGAUGUGGUGGUCCAAGACGACUUCGAGGUCGCCAUCUUCCUCACCGAGACAAACACGCGCCACUCGGUCCUCUACAAGCACAAGCACUUUCGCGACAAGACACAGACGAAGCUCGUGUCCAACUCGAGCAAGCUCACCGGCGCCACGAGCGACCAGCCGAUCGACGUGGAGGACCGAGACCUACAGAUCGAGCUACAAGACGAAAGCAGCGGCAAUGUCCCCGUCCUACUGCGCGAGGACAGCGACGAUGACAAGCCCGUCGCGCUCGAGGACAUCCCCGCCAUAGACGAGUUGCCGCCACGGAGCUCAAGACGUCGCCAGCGUGUCGAGGACUCAGAUGACGAGAACGGAGAGGGCACAGGGCCCGUCGAUCUCUCGUCAGACGACGAGUACAUCGACGGCGACGGCGACAGCGACCACCAGGAGCGCCCCGCCAAACGCCGCAAAGAAGCUGCUGCUGUCGCGGACUCGCCAGAGGAGCAGGGGGACGACAAGAAGAAGAUGGCCAUGGACAUCACGUACGAGGGCUUUGCCAUCUACGGUCGCGUGCUCUGCCUGGUCGUGAAACGCCGGGACGCCACCGGCGGAACGGGCACCUCCGCCAGCGCAGGCCGCAGGACAAAGGCCGCCGCUGCCGCAGCGGGCGCGCCCCGCGGCCAGGCCAUGAUGGAGAACUGGAUCUCGUCGACGCAGAUGCCAGCCAACCUGGCCGAGGAGGCAGAGGGAUCGUGA